AUGUUCUGCCGUCCCCUUGGUAGUCCUGUUAGCCGUGACAUCCCAUACGGCGAUCAUUUGGAGGGGGCUGGUAUUCUUAGCAGAGGCAACUCUAGUCCGGACUCCGGGGCUGAGCUGUCGUCAGAUGCGGAAAUAAACUCUGGGGACGCAGAACCGGUAUUCAAUACUUCCUGCCUGGACACCAAUCUGGAGCGGUCAUGCGAAGGCAUGUGUUAAGUAAUUUUUUGGUCUGGCUAACGCUUGAGUGUCGUAGUUGCAACAUUUCUAGUUAUUCGGUCGAGAUCCGUGGAUUAUUGGUAAUCAGAAUAAUUAUCGACAGGAUCCUAGUAUAAACUGCUUUUUUUCUCAAAGCUUUGGAGAUAUUGUGUAUCUCUAAUAGCAUUGUGCUCACCCCCAAUUCUCAGCCAAAUUUUCUCGUGCAGCUUUUAUACUAGGUUUACCAUUUAUGGCGUUACAUGAAAUUACAUCAAGACCUUAAAAUCCUCGAACCAUUCCUUCAAGUACUAGUCAAUAGCCCAUUCAUGCGUUUGCCGUUUUUUGUGUUUUUUAGGCUGCCGUACAUGAUUCAGUUCAUUUUUGCUCUAACUUUCUUCCCAUUCAAUUGACAUGCGGUCCGACUUGCUGUAUAAGAUCACAAAUCCGUAAGAGACUGUUAGAGAAAUCCGGACCAAUCACAGAUAAAGGGUGAUAAAUCUAAAAGAAAGGUUGCAUUAGAUUGUACUUUGAAGUACCCUGGCUUUUUUUAUGCCGGACGACGAUCUGUCCUCUUCUGUACUGAUAAUUGAACGUUGGCCGUACACAAGCCUUGCCCUUGCGGUCGUGGUUUCGGACUCCACCGAGGCCGCCGACUUUUUCACAACUGAUUCGGCUAAAUUAUGCGCAGCUACCAACACGCCUAUCAAUUAAAUGAGCCUGCUGUCAUCUGGUGGAUUCUAGAUUGAUAUGCAUAGGAAGUCCUGCCUGAGCAGUCAGCCUAUUGAAUAAGAAUUUGUGGAUUCCGUGCGUUGCAGUAGACUGGGCGGUUGACUUGACCCAAGUGUGAUUAAACUUGCGGCUCCCGAUGAGACAUCUUAGCUCUAUACAAGCCUUUCGCUGGCUGUAGUCGGUGCAAAUCCGACUGAGGUCUCCGAGUUUUUCACAGUUGGGUCAAAAUACGUUAUUCAGAAUCUGCCAAAACACAUGAUAUACGACGCACCACACUGUUGAACUCUCCUCGGUCGGUUAACUGUCAAUCGGCAUAUGCUCGCAUGUUGGUGGCCCUGUGCCGCAUUGUGCCUAUAUCUGCGCCUCUUAAAACGUGGCAACUUGAAAUAGAUCCAGGGAGGGUCGUCGGGCCAGUAGGUAGAAUUCCAUCGCUAGAGCUUGGAGAUUCACUAAUUCCUAAUUGCCUACGAGUCCUCAUUUAUUUUUAUCUGCAAUUCGAUCAUUGAAUUCAGUCAAGUUGUUUCUCCUUUUCUAGGGCAUCCUCUGGAAGACGAACUGUCUGACGUAGAAAUUAUUCAAGAUAUUCACGAGAUGGCUCAAUCCGUUUCUAACUGUACGUACUUUGCCACGUAACGAACCACGUUCGUUGGUUUUUAAGACGUCUAUCACUGCCUUUGUUGUUGCACUUCUGUAUUAGUCGUCUUCACUUUUUACAAUCCACCAUCUACUGCAAGCGAAUGAGCGUAAAUUAGUUUCCACAUGUAGUUGGCCAACUCCCGCUCCCGUCUUGUCACUGUAUCCUGGGAUGUAUUAUGCUGAUUCUAUCAAUGUUUGAUGCUCUGUCUUACUGACAUCUUUUAAAGUAAUUUAUGAAAAAAGGUGGGGUCUCAUGUUUGUUGUCACUCAGCAACUGGCCAACCAGCUUGUACUGAUCUUUCGCAGAGCCUCUCACGUUGUCGGGUCAUUGUCGUGUCGUUUGUUAAUUUUAGCCAAGAACGUCAUUCUCCUAACGACGGGUGCGUUGGUCUCCCUUCUUUUGGGCAUUCUCCUGGCGAUCUACUUUAACCUCUAA